CCGGACGGAGCUGGCCGCGCGCGGGCGCCGCAAUCGCCGUUGCUGCCACUGUCCCGCCCAGCGCGGAGGCCGGUCAGACCCGGCGCGGACCGCGCUCUCCGGCCGCGGACACGGCCCCAGCCCGGAGGUGAGGAGGGAGAGAGGCCAGGGGCCCGCUCGCCAGGAACUUCCGUCCUCUUCCCCUAGUCCGGAUGCUCCCUCCAAAUUCUCAGCAGGCACCAGGGGGAGGGAGCUGUCAGCCAGGCAAAACCAAGAACACCAUCACCAUGACAACCAGUCACCAGCCUCAGGACAGAUACAAAGCUGUCUGGCUGAUCUUCUUCAUGCUGGGUCUGGGGACGCUGCUCCCUUGGAAUUUUUUUAUGACAGCCACUCAGUAUUUCACUGCCCGCCUGGACAUGUCCCAGAAUGUGUCCUUGGUCACAGAUGAACUGAGCAAGGACAUCCAGCCCUCAGCUGCCCCCGCAGCACCCUUGCCAGAGCGGAACUCUCUCAGUGCCAUCUUCAACAAUGUCAUGACCUUGUGUGCCAUGCUGCCCCUGCUGCUUUUCACCUGCCUCAACUCGUUCCUGCAUCAGAGGAUACCCCAGUCUGUGCGGAUCCUGGGCAGCCUGGUGGCCAUCCUGCUGGUGUUCCUGAUCACUGCCAUCCUGGUGAAGGUACAGAUGGACGCGCUACCCUUCUUCAUCAUCACCAUGAUCAAGAUCAUGCUCAUUAACUCGUUUGGUGCCAUCCUGCAAGGCAGCCUGUUCGGUCUGGCCGGCCUCCUGCCCGCCAGCUACACGGCCCCCAUCAUGAGUGGCCAGGGCCUAGCAGGCUUCUUCGCCUCGGUGGCCAUGAUCUGCGCCAUCGCCAGUGGCUCGGAGCUUUCAGAAAGUGCCUUCGGCUACUUUAUCACAGCCUGUGUCGUUAUCAUUUUGACCAUCAUCUGUUACCUGGGCCUGCCCCGGCUGGAAUUCUACCGCUAUUAUCAGCAACUCAAGCUUGAAGGGCCUGGGGAACAGGAGACCAAGUUGGAUCUCAUUAGCAAAGGAGAGGAGCUAAGACCAGGCAAAGAGGAGUCUGCAGUUUCAGCCGCCAAUCCUCAGCCUGCCCAGAAAAGCCACUCUAUCAGAGACAUCCUCAAGAGUAUCUCAGUCCUGGCUUUCUCUGUCUGCUUCAUCUUCACUAUCACCAUUGGGAUGUUUCCGGCCGUGACUGUUGAAGUCAAGUCCAGCAUUGCGGGCACCAGUGCCUGGGCAAACUACUUCAUUCCUGUGUCGUGUUUCCUGACUUUCAAUAUCUUUGACUGGCUGGGCCGGAGCCUCACAGCUGUAUUCAUGUGGCCUGGGAAGGACAGCCGCUGGCUCCCAAGCCUGGUGCUAGCCCGUCUGGCAUUCGUGCCCCUGCUGCUGCUUUGCAACGUCCUGCCCCGCCGCCACCUGCCUGUGGUCUUUAAACAUGACGCCUGGUUCAUCCUCUUCAUGGCCGCCUUUGCCUUCUCCAACGGCUACCUCGCCAGCCUCUGCAUGUGCUUUGGACCCAAGAAAGUAAAGCCAGCCGAGGCGGAAACAGCAGGAACCAUCAUGGCCUUCUUCCUGUGUCUGGGCCUGGCACUGGGGGCUCUCUUCUCCUUCGUGUUCCGGGCAAUUGUGUGACCAUGGAUGGACAGAAGAACUGCACUGCCUGCCUGCCUGGGGUGGGCAGGGGUGGUCUGGAGGUCUAUUCUUCUAGCCAACUUCUGCUUUCUCACAGUCUGUGCCGGACCAGGAAGUCCAGGCCCUGGGGAAGAAGCGGCUGUGGAUGGACAGCAGGGACGUUGUGGGCUUGAGGGUCAGGGUUGUGGGAGGGGGCUCGGUCUCUGUAUCUGCUGGAGUUUCUCCACACUCCGCUCUGGGUGACCCCUGCCUGAGCAGGACAGCAGAGGCCCUUGGACUCUG